AUGUAAACAUGGUAGACGGUAGGAGGAAAACAUUGAUAGCAGAAGUGUUUUGUUUUCUUCCUUUUAGACCUAACUUUGAAAUGAAAUAAACAUUUUGUAGUUGAGAAGUACGGGGACAUGGAUUUUUUUCAUCAAUGGCGACACUGGAUUCGACCGUUUUUUAUCGGCUUAUAUUUUGUCUUGGCAAUAAUAGCGCUUCCGCUGUGUGUUGUGGAACUUAAUAGAGAGGGUGCGCCCAAGCACGUGCAGGCAUGGUUUGCUGGUGGAAUAUUUGUGAUGAUGGCUAUCCCCAUAUCAUUUUGGGGUAUACUUCAACACUUAGUCAACUAUACUCAACCAGUUCUUCAAAGACAUAUCAUUAGAAUAUUAUGGAUGGUCCCAAUAUAUGCAGUCAAUGCAUGGUUUGCCUUACGAUUUCCAGAUGCUGCCAUUUACCUGGACACUCUCAGAGAAUGCUAUGAAGCUUAUGUCAUUUACAACUUCAUGGCCUACCUGUUAAAUUACUUAUGGAUAGAAAACCCUAACCUUGAAAUAGCACUCAGAAACAAAGAACCUGUCAAACAUAUCUGUCCAUUCUGUUGUUUUCCUUCCUGGCAAAUGAAAUACUCAUUCAUCAACAGAUGUAAACAUGGGGCAUUACAGUAUACCAUUGUUAGACCAGUGACAACAGUUAUAGCUUUAAUUUGUCAGCUAAAUGAUGUGUAUAAUGAAGGAGACUUUGAUUUUAAAUCAGCCUGGUCCUAUUUAGUGAUUAUCAACAACAUCUCACAAAUUUGGGCUAUGUACUGCCUGGUGUUGUUUUAUAAAGCAAUGAAGGAAGAGUUAGCUCCCAUUAACCCACUGCCAAAGUUCCUCUGUGUUAAAUUUGUUGUCUUCUUCUCAUUCUGGCAGUCAGUGGCCAUUGCUAUAAUGGUCAAAGUGGGCUGGAUUCCUGAAGAUGGUACUUGGGUCUUCUACCAUUCCAUCCAAGAUGUUGCCACGGGAUUACAGGACUUCUUGAUCUGCAUUGAGAUGUUCUUGGCGGCCAUUGCUCAUUAUUAUUCAUUUUCCCACAAACCUUUCAUCAGCAGUGAAAAUGAGAAUGUCAGCUGUUUUUCCUCAUUCUUGUCCAUGUGGGAUGUGUCAGACAUGAAAGAUGAUGUCAUAGAGCAUGUCAAGGUCAUCAGCAAAACAAUGAAAAAAACUAUCAGCAAGUCAAAGAUGAAAUCUGACAAUGAACGGACCCCUCUCCUUGCAGGGGAUAAUACCCCUUCCUCUUCCCACAGGGAUCUACUGGGCUCCCAGAGCAGUGCAGACUGGGAUGCGACAUCCCUGGAGAACAGUGAACGGCCCUUCCCACAGGUCACCCAGGCCACACCCAGCAUGAGUAACUACGUGGUCCUCGAGGACGAGGAAAGUGACCAGGAAGUGGACAGGACAGACCAACAGACAGGGGAUAACAGGACAGACACACAGACAGGGGACAACACAACAGACACACAGACAGGGGACAACACAACAGACACACAGAACAGUGGUCAGGGCACAGGUCAAGUCACUGUAAAGACCAAUCAAACUGAUAUAACAUUGACCAAUGAAAAUAUUCAUACUGGAGCGACCAAUCAGAGCGAUCUAUCUGAACAGAAGACUUUAGCAGAUGUGCAUAGACAAGAUCAAGAUGAUACUGCAUCAUAGCAUUCAGUGCAUCAUAGCAUUCCAUCAUUAGAUAGCCUUUACAUGCCGUAAUGUAAGUUUGUUAAUCAGUGUAUCAUCUUAUUGUUGCUUCAUCAGUUACAAAUAACACUUUAUACCAAUUACAAAUUAUUAUACAAGUUACAAAUUACUGUGAUACCAAAUUGCCACACCUUGGACCAAACACAACCUCAUAUGUAAUAUGGUGUUUGUGCUGUCCAUGACCAUUUUACUUGUUUAUAAUAAACUUAAUAAGAAAUAUGUGCUUGAUUGCAAAUACACUGUAGGUUUUUAGUGGUUCAAGCACACAAAAUCAAUUUGUUGUAGUCGAUCCACAGUUUGGCCAUAGCCUACAGAAGUCCCAUCUAUUUUGUACAUGAUAUUUUUAAGAUCUGCUGAAUACAUUUUAGAUGUUUAUUUAUAACUUGGAAGAAGUCCCUCAGAGGCCUUAGAAGUUAAAAUUAUGAUAGACUUAAAUAUACUCUUUGCUUUACUGCAGUAUUGGGUGCUGCAACUUUAAGCAUAUUUAUUCUUUGUUUAU